AGGACUAACAGCAGCAGUAGGGGGCGCUCGAGCGGCUUGACCAGACGCGGCGCCAUGUCGGCGGCUCUUCUGAGGAAGGGGCUGAAUCUGAUGAGCGGCGAUGUGAAAGCUUGCUGUGUUCCAGUUCAAGGCAGGAAGGCAAAUCGAGGACAACCGUCUGCUGCUGACCGUUUGGCCAACACAACCAAGAAAGGAAGAAUGAAGCAAUUGGAGAGAAUUCGCAGACAGUUGGAAACAAACAAAGCCACCGUCAAGGGGAAAAUAGUUAAAUCAGCACUGGAGGAGUAUAAGAAAAACAAAGCCGCUGACCAUACUGAGGAGAACCUCCGGUAUUUGCUUGGGUCCAAACAGCUGACCGAGAGCAGCAUCACUCAAAAGGUUGAGAUGUACAGUCGAGGCAGAAAAGCAAAGGAUCGUCCAAAGUUAAAGAAAGUGAAGAAAGAAGAAACGCGUAUAUUCUCAGAGCGUGAUUUUAAGAAGUUUGAAAGGGAAUAUUUUGGAGCAUCCUAAACUUGGCAGCAGGUUUGGUUUUGACUGCGAUAUUAUGCUGGGACUGAUGGGCAGAGCCAAAGAAAAAUCCUGCAGCUGCUGAAUAUCUGAACGUAAAUGCUGGAAACACUCGGCAAGUCAGGCAGCAUUCGUGAAGAGAAUCAGAUACAACAGACUGGUUAUCCUUCAUGAACGUUAAAUGUUAAUGCUGUUUCUCUGCAUGAUGCAGAAAAAGAUUUUGUAUGUGUGUCGUACACAGAAUGAAAGUAUAACUCCUGAAGUCAA